AUGAUGUGUGAGGUGAUGCCAACCAUCAGUGAGGCAGAGAUUCCCUCUGGGGGAAAUGGAGGCCAUGGUUCAGGUUCCCCAUUACAAUCAGACGCUGAUUCCCAUUUUGAGCAAUUGAUGGUAUCCAUGUUGGAAGAAAGGGAUCGCCUUCUGGAAACGCUCAGAGAAACUCAGGAGACACUAGCGCUGACCCAGGGCAAGCUACAUGAAGUUGGUCAUGAGAGAGAUUCCUUGCAGAGACAGCUCAAUACUGCACUUCCACAGGAGUUUGCAGCACUUACAAAAGAGCUGAAUGUGUGCAGGGAGCAGCUGCUUGAGAGGGAAGAAGAAAUCGCGGAGCUGAAAGCUGAAAGAAAUAACACGAGGUUAUUACUGGAACAUUUGGAGUGUCUUGUCUCCAGGCACGAGCGAUCUCUCCGAAUGACUGUCGUAAAGAGACAAGCUCAGUCUCCAGCAGGAGUUUCUAGUGAAGUAGAAGUUCUCAAAGCACUAAAAUCUUUAUUUGAGCACCAUAAAGCCCUUGAUGAAAAGGUAAGGGAGAGGUUACGAGUAGCACUUGAAAGGUGCAGCUUGUUGGAAGAAGAACUAGGUACUACACAUAAAGAGUUAAUGAUCCUGAAAGAGCAAAAUAAUCAGAAGAAAACAAUUCCAGAUGGGAUGCUGGAUAUAAACCAUGAACAAGAAAAUCCUCCAACCACAAAUGGGAAGCGAUCCUCUGAUGGUUCUUUAUGCCACGAUGAAAACCUUACGAAAGUGAUUGAGCUCCAGGACAUCAUAGACAAGCAGAACAAAGAGCAGACACAAAUGAAAGAACGCCUUACUGCUUUGUCCAGCAGGGUGACAGAGCUGGAAGAAGAUCUUGACACAGCUAGAAAAGACUUAAUAAAAUCUGAAGAAAUGAAUACGAAGUUACAGAGGGAUGUCCGAGAGACUAUGGCCCAGAAAGAAGACAUGGAGGAGAGAAUUACAACUCUGGAGAAACGCUACCUCGCUGCACAACGUGAAGCUACAUCUGUGCAUGACCUCAAUGAUAAACUUGAAAAUGAAAUUGCCACUAAAGACUCCAUGCAUCGACAGAGUGAAGACAAGAACAGGCAAUUGCAGGAACGACUGGAACUAGCUGAGCAGAAGCUGCAGCAGACUUUGAGAAAAGCUGAGACUUUGCCAGAGGUGGAAGCUGAGCUGGCACAGAGAGUUGCAGCACUUUCAAAGGCUGAGGAGAGGCAUGGCAAUAUAGAGGAACGACUGAGACAGAUGGAAGCACAGCUGGAAGAAAAGAAUCAAGAACUGCAAAGGGCUAGACAGAGAGAGAAGAUGAAUGAAGAGCACAAUAAACGUUUGUCAGAAACAGUUGAUAAGCUUCUGUCUGAAUCUAAUGAAAGGCUCCAGCUUCAUCUCAAGGAAAGGAUGGCUGCCUUGGAAGAUAAGAACUCACUUCUUCGAGAAAUUGAAAACGCAAAAAAGCAAAUAGAGGAACUUCAGCAUGAAAAGGAUCAACUGGUGUUAAACGUUGAAGCAUUAAGGGCUGAAAAUGACCAAGUGAGACUCAGAGCCACAUCACUUCAUCAUAGCAGACCAGAUUUUAGGUACCCUCUGACAUCUUCAUCUGUGGCUGACAGUCAUGCAGACUCCUACAGCACCUCGUCAGUGUUAAGGCGUCCUCAGAAGGGACGUUUGGCAGCUCUCAGAGAUGAACCUUCAAAGGUUCAAACUCUAAAUGAGCAGGACUGGGAGCGAGCCCAGCAAGCAAGUGUGUUGGCCAAUGUGGCACAAGCAUUUGAAAGUGAUGUGGAUGUUUCUGAUGUGGAGGAUGACAGGGAAACCAUCUUCAGUUCAGUUGAUCUGCUGUCACCAAGUGGUCAAGCUGAUGCUCAGACUUUGGCCAUAAUGCUUCAAGAGCAGUUGGAUGCAAUCAACAAAGAGAUUAGACUUAUACAAGAAGAAAAGGAGAACACAGAGCAGCGUGCAGAGGAGAUUGAGAGCAGAGUGGGGAGUGGAAGUUUGGAUGCCCAUGGCCGCUUCCGGUCCAUGAGCUCCAUCCCUGCCCCCUAUGCCGGCAGCUCCCUUGCAGGUUCCUCCCCGCCUGGCAGUGGCCGCUCCACCCCGCGGCGGAUCCCGCACAGUCCGGCCCGGGAAGUGGACAGGCUGGGGAUCAUGACCCUGCCUAGUGAUUUAAGGAAACACCGUAGAAAGUCUCCAGCUUCUUUAGAAGAGGUACGAGAUGAUAAAACCACAAUCAAAUGUGAGACAUCCCCGCCUUCUUCACCUCGCUCUUUGCGUCUGGACAGAGUCCAGAAAGGAGCUCUGCACACAGAUGGGCAAAUAAGUAACCCCAGUAGCAGUAACAGUAGCCAAGAUUCCCUUCAUAAAGCCCCCAAGAAGAAGGGGAUCAAAUCCUCUAUCGGCCGCUUGUUUGGCAAGAAAGAGAAGGGACGACCUGGACAAACCACUGGCAUGGGAGAAGCAGACAGUGCUUCUCAGGAUGCAUUAGGUCUCAGCAAGCUUGGAGGUCAGGCAGAAAAAAACAGGAAAAUGCAGAAAAAGCAUGAGCUGCUAGAGGAGGCCAGAAGACAAGGUUUGCCUUUUGCACAGUGGGAUGGACCUACUGUGGUCGUGUGGUUGGAGCUGUGGGUUGGGAUGCCAGCCUGGUACGUGGCAGCUUGCCGAGCCAACGUGAAGAGCGGUGCCAUCAUGUCAGCCCUGUCUGACACCGAGAUCCAGCGGGAGAUUGGCAUCAGCAACCCUCUGCACAGGCUGAAGCUCAGGCUAGCCAUUCAGGAGAUCAUGUCACUGACCAGCCCUUCUGCCCCUCCCACCUCAAGGACGACCACGGGAAAUGUCUGGGUAACACAUGAAGAGAUGGAAAAUCUUACAGCCACGCAACAAACGGAAGAUGAGGAGGGAAGCUGGGCUCAGACAUUAGCAUAUGGUGAUAUGAACCACGAGUGGAUUGGCAAUGAGUGGCUGCCGAGCCUGGGGCUGCCACAGUACCGCAGCUACUUCAUGGAGUGCCUGGUGGACGCUCGCAUGCUGGAUCACUUGACUAAGAAGGACCUGCGUGGGCAGCUCAAGAUGGUGGACAGCUUUCACAGGAACAGUUUCCAGUGUGGAAUUAUGUGCCUGCGGAGGCUGAAUUAUGAUAGGAAAGAACUUGAAAGAAAAAGAGAAGAAAGCCAGAAUGAAAUUAAGGAUGUCCUUGUCUGGAGCAACGAAAGAAUGAUCCACUGGGUAGUGUCCAUUGGUCUUAAAGAAUAUGCCAAUAACCUUAUAGAGAGUGGAGUUCAUGGUGCACUUGUGGCCUUAGAUGAAUCCUUUGAUUACAAUGCAUUAGCUCUCUUACUGCAGAUCCCCACUCAGAACACACAGGCUCGUGCUCUUCUGGAGAGGGAAUUUAAUAACCUUCUUGCUAUGGGCACUGACAGAAGACUUGAUGAAGAUGAUGAUAAGAGCUUUAGGAGAGCACCUUCAUGGAGAAAGAAGUUUAGACCAAAGGACAUAAGAGGUUUAGCUGCUGGAUCAGCAGAGACUCUUCCUGCAAAUUUCAGAGUUACAACCUCGAUGUCUUCACCCUCUAUGCAGCCAAAGAAGAUGCAGAUUGAUGGCAGUGUAUCAGGAACACAAAGAUUGGAUUCUGCUACAGUAAGAACCUACUCCUGUUAA